CUUCUCUUCCCCUUCCACAGCGGACCUACCGAAUCCACCGCAGUCAACCCGUUAUCCGUCGACCGAAAUAACGGACAAGAAACCCCGAGCGCAGCUUCCUCGCUCAGAAAAACCAACCGUCACCGCGAGCGCGCGCACAGAGCCGUCAGAUUCUGCACAAGGCGAGGACUUAACCCGGCCACACAAUGGGAAAUGAGGCGAGUUAUCCCUUGGAGAUGUGCUCACACUUUGACGCUGAUGAGAUUAAAAGACUAGGAAAGCGGUUUAAGAAACUCGACCUGGAUAACUCGGGCUCUCUCAGCGUGGAGGAGUUCAUGUCUCUGCCCGAACUGCAACAGAAUCCGCUGGUGCAGCGAGUCAUCGACAUAUUCGACACAGAUGGAAACGGAGAAGUCGACUUUAAAGAGUUCAUUGAAGGCGUUUCUCAGUUCAGUGUGAAGGGCGACAAGGAGCAGAAGCUCCGCUUUGCGUUCAGGAUUUACGACAUGGACAAAGAUGGCUACAUCUCCAACGGCGAGCUGUUCCAGGUGCUGAAGAUGAUGGUGGGGAAUAACCUGAAGGACACUCAACUGCAGCAGAUCGUCGACAAAACCAUCAUCAACGCAGACAAGGACGGUGACGGCAGGAUAUCCUUCGAGGAGUUCUGCGCUGUUGUUGGCGGUUUAGACAUUCAUAAAAAGAUGGUGGUGGACGUGUGAGGAGACCAAACAGGCCCUUCACUGAACACCCUCUUUUUCACUUCUCCAUUUCUGAGAUUCAGCUCCAGAUGUUCCGCUAACUCUCUCUCUCUCUCUCUCUAUCGCUCUAUUUUUUUACGUCCUCUCUUUUUCAAUGAAAGUAUUUCUCUGAAUGAUGCCUCGGUUUGCCCGUCUGUUCUCCCUGAGCCUCGUGACGCCUGCCAUCCUAAGUGUUAUAGAGCAUGAGAUUCUUCUGUCCACAUUCUCGGGUAUUAACGGACAGUCAGAGGGACGUUUUCUCUGUCAACUACCCAACGUUUUCAGUCUGGAGUGGAGAAGAGGAGUGUGUGUGUGUGUGUGCGCGUAUGUGUAUUUUCUUUCCAAAGGGGGGAAUUUUUUUGUAUUUAUUUUGCUCCUGUCUUUUUUUAAAAGAUGAUCUAGGUCUACAGGGAAUACGUGUAUGUGAGCGAUAUUAUAUACUAUAUUAUAUAUAAAUACAUGUGUGUGUGACUUGAUUUCAGUGCAACACGCUUCAAGCAUGAAGUGCCAAUCGAAACCUAAACGUCAGGAUUUAACAAGAGCUGCAUAAUGAAAUCGCUGUCUGUCACAGGGGAGAGUUUAUUAGCAAGCUAAUUCAUCAUCUCCAAACUGUUUUUGGCUUGAUGUAUCGCAAAUCCAAUUCAGAUUUUCUACUGAGAAUGUGUGUGUAUGUGAAAAACAAAAAAACGUGUGCUGUGGUGAUAUUGUCAGGGAGUUCACCUGCCGUCUUGCUUUGGAAUAUGCCGUAGAUUAGGGUACAAAGCAAAUAUAUUUGAAGUCGUGCACAUAUAUAUGUAUGGUUUACUUUUAAGAAUGGUGUUUUUGCGCAGGGGUUCAGGAUCAGAUCACACCACAUAGUAAUGUAAGAUGGAAAAAGUGCCAUCGAUAAACUUUCUGAACUUUGUGUGUGUGUAUUUUGGAUUUAGUAACAUUUUAACAUCAUAAACAAUGAAUUUACCUCUGAACAAUGAGGAUCCAGAAUCCAGAUGAACACCGUUUGCAGAAAUUUACAGUUAAUUUAUUUCCAAAUUGACUGCAGGCAGCAUUGUGAAGAUCUUAGUAGCUCAUAUUUGUAUAUUGGGGACUGAAGGACUGUGUGUUUUGUGGGCUCGGUUUUUUUUCUAAGCUUUAAUUCGCAUCGUUUUACCUGAGAAGAAACGGCGAAACGGAUCUGACUGACCAGCGGUUGGUGUUUUUUCCUUCAUCAUUUCAAAGGUAGGAUUCGAUUGUUCAAAAAGGAGAGACCAAAGCAGGCGCUGAACAGACUCUCCGCCAUAUUUUGCUUUAAAUGUGAUUCUCCCGCGCAAACCGGCGUUUUGGCGCCAGCUGCUGCACGGUGACGGCGCUUGAAUAUGUCUAUCCUGAAGACCUUCAAUGAGGUCUUGUGAAGUGUGCUUGCAUGUUACAGGAGGGUUUUUUAAUUUUGUUGUGCAUGUAGAUCAGAUUUUUUUUUUUUUUUUGGAAGGGAGGGGGGUUGAUCUCUUGUUUACAUAUGAAUCGUACUAUUGAGAUAUAAUCUGAAUGACAGUUGCAUAUAAUUAUAUGGACGUUGCCAAACUUUUGGUAAUUGUUUAAAUAUGGAAAUGAUUUUAAAUUCUUCACUACAUUUAUUCAUAUUAUUAUUAUGAAAAUAAAAUGUGAGUUAUUCUGGUGUCCGUCACUCCCAGCAAACUUAAUUUGAGUUAUUUUCAUGUCCUCUUAAACUAUUUUAUUUUUCUCCAUUUCCGUUCAUGGUUUGGCUGAAUUGUUUUGUACAGAUCGUGUUUAUUAAUGCUCCUCUCGGUUCUAUUUUGUAAUUCUUUAGCUGGGAGGGUCAGACAGCCAUCUGUAUAACCGCUAAUGGGUUUUUGGACAAAGGAAGCAUACAAGUGAAUGAAAACGUUUAGCUUUUCGGUUUAACGUUUUGUUUCUUUCUUUCAUUUCUCUGCAUGCUGCGUCAUAUGCUGUGAGAACCAUUGAGAUGUCAUUCAUGAAAAUGCUAAAUAAAAUAUUUGAGACUUGUA